UCUCAUAGAGGUUGGAGAGGCUCAGACAACUCCUUUGGAAAGCCAGGCAGGCAAAGCAGGAGUAGCGGCCGCCUAGGGCCUGAGCAGCCGGCUCUUUGAAGCCUGGAAAAUCUCAGCAGCUUCAGCCCGAGGCUUCCAAGGACCCCGCAGCAACCCAGGUCCAUCCUCAGCCCCCGGAGCUGGCAGCCUGGGCAGAACCUGCAAAGGCCACAGGGCACCCCGCACCUCCUGACAGGCGGUAUCUUUAUUCCUUUCAGGAGAGGGCACUGGCGGGAGCCACCCCUACACAAUGGAGGAGCAAGCACCCCAGAGGGGACCCUGGAAACGGAACUCCUCCCAGGAGCUUCCCGACAGAAGACAGAGGUUCCCCCAGGCUCCGCGACAUUUCCUGAAGACAGUGGGGAGCAGGAAGGAGAAACGGCUCAUCCUUGGAGCAACCCCCCAGACCGCCAAGGGCCAGUACCAGGCACUCCUCCAGGGCAAGGAUGACAUCAAGUUCAGUCCCGUCGCCCUGGAAGAUGGACUCGGUUUGCCGGAUGGACAGGGAACUGGAAAUCAGUGCAGUUCCACCGAGAUGCAAAUGGCCCUGACAGCAGAGAGAAUGAGAUUGAGGAACACGAUGCAGCCAUUCAGCCGAUGCUGUGGGGUCUCCACUGCUCUCCGUGGUGAGUAUGGUAGGCAGGGUGAGUACAGUAGGCAGGGUCCCUUCCGUCACGGAGGGCUGCAGCCCAUGCGUGCAGGUGGUCUUAAACGAGACUGUGGCAAAGGAUUAGGAAAAGGGCACAGGAUGUUUGAGGACAUGCCCCGGGUAUCCUGAUGUCUGAGAAAGGCAGGGAGCGCGUCCCUGAAGAAGUGGCCGUUUGAGUAGACACCAAGCCCAUAAAGAGCAGAUGGGCAGGGGAGUGGCAUGGCAGCUGGGAGCCUGAGGUGGUGGGUGCAGGGCUCCCUGGAGGAGAGGCCCGAGAGGAAGAUGGGGCGGGCGCCCUAGCCUUUGGUGAAGGUUUCGGGAUCUAGCCGGAGGGCAGUGGGAGCCCUUUCAGGAUUUAAGGAGGAGAGAUAGGACCAUGUUUGUAUUUGGAGAAAUCACUCUGGGUGGAUGGCAGGGAAGGGUGGGUGGGAAGUCUGGGGGUUGGGGGUAGCAGCAGGGAGAGCAGGCAGGGGCCAUGGCAGGUGUUGGGUGGUAUGAAAUGUCAGAUUCCAGGGCUGUGCUGUUUGGCUGGGACACACCGAGCACAAAGGGGGGGCAUGGGGUCAACAUAUUGGGAGACUCCAUUUAUUGAAAUGUCUAGAAUAGGCAGGUCUAGAAAGACAGAAGGUGGUCUGCCCAGGGCUGGGGCGGAUGGGGAUGGGAGGGGCUGCGUGGUAAGAGGUUUCUUUUUGGAGGGAUGAAAUAUCCUCAAAUUGAUUGUGGCGAUGGUUGUGCAACUUUGUGGAUGUAUUAACCCAUUUCAUUGUACACUUUAAAGGGGAGAGAGGUCCUCGUUGCCAUAAAGCUCUUUAAAAAGAUAAAUAAAUAAAAGGAAAGUUGAGAUUUGAUCCCAGAGGGUUCGAAUGCCAGGCCAAGAAGAGGUGGGGUACAGUCGCCUGAGGGGCGGAGCUGGUGGAGCAGAGGCCCCCUCCCGGCCUCCCUGCCCGCGGCCUCCCUGCGCAGGCCGGCCUGUCUCCCAGCCUGAGGUGCAGUGCUGCAUCUCUGGUCAGUUGGGAGUCUGAGAUGAAGCACUGUAGCUCAGGAAGGGAGAAGUUGUUCUGCGGACACCUGCCAGAAGUGGUAAGUGCUGGUGUUGGGGGCACCAAGGAAGGGCAGGAACACUUCCGGUCUCCAGACUGUCAGCGGCUUGUGCUGAGGAAGUUUCUGGACCCAAGUCUCACCCAUGCCACCAUCUGCUUCACGAUUCUGGGCAAGUCCUGGCUGCUCUGAGCCCCACAGUCUGUCCAUUGUAAGAUGAGCUUUUAGUGUGGCCAUUACCCUGCACCCUGACUCUGCUUUUUCUGAGCUGUGGUGGGCCCCGCUAAUCUGUCAAGGUGUCCAUUCUUGAAGCGCUCAGAUGCAGCUUCAGAAUCCCUCUCAACACUAAGUCCCAUCAGGGAUUCAGAGUGAAACCCAUCCAUCGUUUGUGGGUUCGACAGAAUCUUUCAGUCCUCAAGGUGAAGUCCUGAGCUUUGAGCCAGGCUCUUCUCUCUUGGAGCUGCUAACCUUGCCCCAGGCUGUUGACUAAAACCAAUCCAAACAUCUCACAAAUGCCUGCCGGCUCCUAGGGGCUUCAGACAAGCAAGGAACAGCAGAGGAAAAUCACUGGGCUAAGCACAAUGUUAUUUACCCUUCCAAUAAGCUUGGGAGGUGGGUACUGUUAUUGGCCCAUUUUACAGAUGAGAAAACUAAGGCUCUACUUAACUAAUUUGCCCAAGGUCACACCUUGAUAGUGUUGAGCCAGGGUUGUAGCCUAAUCUGUCUGCUUUAAGAUCUGUAUUGUUACCCAGUGCAGGUGACAUUGAAACCUGGGGACCAGGGACCUGAAGGUGAACAUAAUAAACUCUGCUCUGGCCUUCUCCUUACAUCUUGGGUCACUUUUAGCAAAGACAGACCCAGACACUUUCCAUCAAUCCUAGCAAUUCCCUUCUUCCUAGCCUCCACCCCCUAAAUUAUAUUUAUGUCACCUAAUCCGGUAGGUCCUCUACUAUCCCAUUUUACAGCUGAGGAAAGCCGAGGUUAAGUGACUUGCUGGAGGUCACCAUGGAGGAAGUUGCCAGAGACCAGGGACCGGAUCUGCCCGUUUGGUUUAGUUUAGAGUAAAACCCUCCCCCUGGCUGGAGUCUCAGGAAUGCACACAACUCAUGGCUGUCCUGGGGAGUGGGGCCAGCUUGCUGGAUGGAUGCUGGUCAAGAACAUGGCCUUUGACCUCAGGGAAAGUACUUUCCAGGCCACUUGAAGUUCCAGUCACUACGCCUCCUGGAGCCACAUCCUGCGAUACAUGGUGCGCCCACACUGGCUUCUGCAGAUCGGCUGGAUGCAGAAGAAACUCCAGGUGGCCCCGUAGGGAUGUGGCGGGGCCUUGGUGCUGAAGGCUGCACUCUCACCUUGUCCUCACGGUCCAGUUUUCCCAGGAAUCCCUUAGAUGCUAAGAUGGGGAUUCCUGGAAAUACUGUUCUUGAGGUCAUGGCUUAACAGCUGGAUUCGCCUCCUUCCCAUCCCAGAGUUGCCCCCGGGGGCCUCGGCUGCAGCACGGCAUGCGGGUCAAGUGGAGGCCUGCACUGGAGGUAAGAGGGCUCGCGGCUGUGUUCUUGACCUUUAAGUUGCUUUUCUUUCCAUUUGGUCCAUUUCACAACAUCCCUUUGAGGCUGAGUGUGGGAACUUCACCACUGAGGCACUCUUGGGAAAUUCCUGCAGGCACUCAGCUGAGCAGUGGUGGAGCCGGGACACCGUAAGGCACCAGUUUCUUCCCGUCUCCACCCACCCUAGCCCCACUUCCCAGCAUGCCGAUGGUAGGGACACAGUAUCGUAUCCACUUAUUGAUAAACUAAUAAAUGCACAUCAAUUUAUUUGUAAAGUUUAUAAAAGCCAGUCAGGUAAACUAGCAACCAUGAGUCUUAGAUCACUUUGGAAUGCAGCUAUAAAAAAAGGAAAAUUUUUUCCAAGGUAGAGAAGACAAACAAAGCCCAGAGCACCCUCUUGUGGUGAUGCCUGCCUCUACCCACUCCCGGAAUACUGGGGUUCUGCGCGCGCGCGCACACAACCACUCACACAGGCACGCACAUGCUGAGACUCUGCCCCACUAACCAGUGACCUGAGACUCCGCCCCACUAACCAGUGACCACCGUGGCCCCAUCAAUCAUCUCAUUACCGAGGAUGCUUCCAUCAGCAGUGCACUUUUACCUCCAUACCCUGGCUUCUCCUUCCAAGCUCCCUAAAGGUCAUGGAACUAGUGAGGCUCAGAGAGGUGCAGUGACCAGCCCAAGGUUGCCCAGAUAACAAAAGGCAGAGCCAGGAAUUGAUUCCAAGUGCAGUAGCCUAUGGCAGUUCCUUAGCCAAAAGCAAAAACUACAAGACACAAAAAAAAGACUUUGUGAAUAGACAUAUGGUAUGCUAAAGACUGAAUGCCAAAGACUGGAAGUGGUCCAGGCACGAACAUAGAACUUUUCGCAAACCCUUCCCGGUGCUUGUCAUGGGGUUGGUAGAGACAGUAGGUUCUACGGCCCCAGAAUCCUCAAGUCUGGGGUCUGAUCCCCGUCUUCCCAGGGAUCAGGCGGCUUCCACAUGUGUCACAGGCUGUCAUUCUAACAGGCCUCACCGAAGGCAUGUCUGAAGUAUGAGACCCCUUUUCCCUCAAAUACCAAGGCCCUGCCACACCCCUACGGGACCACCUGAGUUUCUUCUGCAUUCAGCCUGAAACAAGAGAAAUUUAUUCUCCCAAAGUUCCGGAGACCAGAAGUCCAAGAUCAAGGUGCUGGCAGGGCCAGGCUCCUUCUGAGGGCACAAGGGAGCGUCUGUGCCUCGCCCCUUCCAUCUUCUGGCGCCUCCCAGCAUUCCUUGGCUGGCAGCUGCCAUGUUUAAGAAUGAUAUUUUAAAUAUCUGCCUGUGUCACUCACUAUAAAUAUUUUAAAAUAUUUUUUAAAAUAUUGAUUUUUUUAAAGCUAUACCUGGCUUCAGUCCUGGCUCUUACCUGGACUGAAGGUGAGAUGUACAAUCCUGACCAGGAACAAUGGGUUGCUAUGAAGUGAGUGGACAUGCGUGACUUCAGCUGUCCUAUCAGGGCUGGCCUGACCAUGAAGAAGUAUGACUUGGUCCUAAUAAUAACAAUAACAAUAACAACAGUUCCACUCACUGACUACAUACAGUUUCCCAGACACUGUGCUAAACACGUCACGGGUGUUAUCGCAUUCAAUCCUCACAACAACCCAGGGAGGUAGGUCCUGUCACUUCUCCGUUUCACAGAUGAGGAAUAAGCCAAGACUCAGAGAGACUAAGAGGCUUGCCUAAAAACCACACAGCUUGUAAGUCAUGAAACCGGAACCAAACCAAGUCUGCGUUGAUGCUGUUAACCUGCCCUUGUCCCCUUCCUCCUACUGGCCUGGCCCGAUGGGCGGGGCUGUCCCCCAUGACUUCCUCUGGGGAAAGGGGGGAAACAAGACUUCAGUGAGACCCAAGUGGUCUCUCCUGUGCUCUGUGACCGUAAUAAAGUGCUGGACCUUGACUUGUGUCCUGUUU